AUGUCUGCCUCGCUGCGGACAAGGGCCACAGCAGUGCUGCGAGCCAAGCCAAUGCCCUUUGCCUCUAGCACGACCGCCCUGGUCCCCUUCCGCGCCGCCCCGGCCGCCACCUCCCUCCACACGACCUUCCCGUCCGCCGCGCCGCUCUCGUCGUCCGCGCGCCAGAACAACGCUGCCGCCGUUGAGCAGCACCACUCACACGGUGCCACCGGCCUGGCCCGCCGUGAACGGAAAGAGGUGCCGCUGCCCAGCCAGGAAGGCACAAAGGGCCUCGUCCAAUACGCACUAACCACCCUCGACAUCAUUGCCAACUGGGGCCGCCAGUCGUCCUUCUGGCCCAUGACCUUUGGUCUCGCCUGCUGCGCCGUCGAGAUGAUGCACCUGUCCACCCCGCGCUACGACCAGGACCGCUACGGCAUCAUUUUCCGUGCCUCGCCGCGCCAGUCCGACGUCAUGAUCGUCGCCGGCACCCUCACCAACAAAAUGGCCCCCGCCCUGCGCCAAGUCUACGACCAGAUGCCGGAGCCCCGCUGGGUCAUCAGCAUGGGCUCCUGCGCCAACGGCGGCGGCUACUACCACUACAGCUACUCUGUCGUCCGCGGCUGCGACCGCAUCGUCCCCGUCGACGUCUACGUCCCCGGCUGCCCGCCCACCAGCGAGGCGCUCAUGUACGGCGUCUUCCAGCUGAUGCGCAAGCAGCGGAACACGAAGAUUACCCGCAUGUGGUACCGGAAGUAG